AUGGACGCGGGGAAUGGCUGCAGCGCGCGGGCGCUGGCGGCGUGCGUGAUCGGCGGCAUCGUGCUGGGCGCCUCGGUGCUCGCGCUCCACCUCGCGGGCGGGCCCGCCGCCAUCCCUCCCCUGCCCCUGCCGCCGCCCCUGGGCGCGCUCCGCCGCCGCCUCCGCCGCCGCCCCCGCCGCCCCGUGCGCGUCUACAUGGACGGGUGCUUCGACAUGAUGCACUACGGGCACUGCAACGCGCUGCGCCAGGCGCGCGCGCUCGGGGACGAGCUCGUCGUCGGCGUCAUCAGCGACGACGAGAUCAAGGCCAACAAGGGACCCCCCGUCACGCCGCUCCACGAUAGAAUGAUAAUGGUCCGUGCUGUUAAAUGGGUAGAUGAUAUCAUUCCAGGUGCACCUUAUGCCAUAACUGAAGAGUUCAUGAACAAGCUAUUCAAUGAGUACAACAUAGACUACAUUAUCCAUGGUGAUGAUCCUUGUUUGCUACCGGAUGGUACUGAUGCGUAUGCUCUUGCCAAAAAGGCUGGUCGAUACAAGCAGAUUAAGAGAACCGAGGGAGUGUCGACAACAGACAUUGUUGGACGGAUGCUUCUUUGUGUUAGAGAGAGAUCAUCUGAUGCCCAUAAUCACUCUUCACUACAAAGGCAGUUCAGUAGCGGACAUGGUCAGAAAGUUGAUGAUACUGGAUCUGGAACUGGAACAAGAGUAUCUCACUUUCUUCCCACAUCUAGGCGAAUAGUUCAGUUCUCAAAUAGCAGGGGUCCAGGUCCAGAUUCUCGGAUAGUUUACAUAGAUGGUGCUUUUGAUCUGUUCCAUGCUGGACAUGUCGAGAUAUUACGACUUGCUCGAGAACUUGGAGAUUUCUUGCUUGUGGGGAUUCACACAGAUCAGACCAUAAGUUCAACUCGAGGACGACACCGCCCAAUCAUGAAUCUCCAUGAGCGAAGUUUGAGUGUUUUGGCUUGUCGUUAUGUUGAUGAGGUGAUCAUUGGUGCUCCAUGGGACGUUUCAAAAGACAUGAUUACCACAUUCAAUAUUUCGUUAGUUGUUCAUGGAACUAUUGCUGAAAACAUGGACUUUACAGAGGAUGAUUCAAACCCGUAUGCUGUUCCAAAGGCUAUGGGCAUUUACCGUCGGCUGGAGAGUCCCUUGGAUAUCACUACAAGUACUAUCAUCAGGAGGAUUGUUGCUAACCACGAAGCUUACCAGAAGCGGAAUGAGAAGAAGGAAGCCAGUGAGAAGAAGUACUACGAGAGUAAAAGCUUUGUCAACGGGGAGUGA